AAGAUGGCGGACGAAGUGAAGAAGAAGAGUGAAGAACUCGACGUAGAGUUAGACAGCGUGAUCGAUAAAAUGAUAGAAAAAAACAAAGGUUAUAAAUACACUGAAGGGCUGACUGUAGAAAACUGGGAAAAGGAAAUAGAAAAGAUUCCAUUCUUCAUGACUAAAUCACCAGAAGAUGGUGAAGAAGUUAGUGCGGGAGUGGCUGCAUUACAAGCCUUGAAAUAUGAGGACGAAGAUCCAACAGCAAGAGCAACUGCUUACAAAGAGGAAGGAAACUAUGAGUACAAGCAGAAGAACUUCAGGAAAGCUAUUCUUGCAUAUACAGAGGGCAUCAAAGCAAAAUGUGAAGAUGACAAUCUCAAUGCAGUUCUCUAUACAAACAGAGCAACUGUUAACUUUACUAUAGGAAAUAACAGGUCAGCCCUCAAAGAUACAAUGAUGGCACAUAAAUAUGAUCCAAAAUACGUAAAGGCAAUUGUUAGAGGGGCAAGUGCUUGUUUUAAUUUAAAAAUCUAUGAUCACACUAAAGCAUGGUGUGACAAGGGACUGAAGAUAGAACCUGAUAAUGAAAAACUUUUGAAGUUGAGAAAAGAUGCAGUUGCUGAACAGAAAAAAGCUGAAAGAGAUCAACGGAAAGCAAAGUUAAAAGAGAAAAAGAAAAAUGAAGAAGUUGAUGCAUUGAUUGAUGCCAUUAAGAGUCGAAACAUCAGAAUAGAAGAAACAAAAGCAGACGAAGAUGAUGAUGAUGAUGAUGAUGACAAUUAUGAUGAAAAUGAUGAAGAAAGUAGACUGAGAAAAAACUUAGCUAAAUUCAAUUUAGACCCUAAUCAUCCAACAGGAGCCAGGUUACAGAUGGACUCUGAGAACAGACUCUACUGGCCUGUGAUGUUUUACUAUCCAGAAUAUAAACAAACAGAUUUUAUUGGAGCAUUUUGUGAAGAAAACAGUUUUAUAGAGCAUUUUCAAGUGAUGUUUGGAAGGGAUUCAGCUCCAUGGGAUGAGGAAAAUAAAUAUGAGCCUGACAUGCUUGAGGUUUAUUUUGAAGACCAAGAAUCGGGAAAACUUUGCCAUGUUGAAAGUUCAUGUCCUCUGAAAAACGUUUUGUCCGACAAAAGGUUUAUAGUGUGUCAAGGUACUCCUGCAUUUGUCAUCUUAGUAAAAAAAUCAUCGUUCAAGAAAGAGUUCUUAAAACAUUGUACAGUAGAGAAAUUUUAAGAAAACAAAAUCGAUAAAUAAGAACAAAUAAUAAAGAGAAUGAUGCGGAGAACUAGAGUCUAUAUUUAAGGAAUAUAAAACAGCGUGCGUGUCUGUAUACUGUGAUAUAAACAUGAUGGGAGAUGUAGAGCAAGAGAGAAGUUGUAGAGAAACAGGAGGCAUAGCCGAGUGUUUCUUUGACUUCUCGACUUCUCGAGUGCUCUACAGUUCCCAGAGUGUUUAUAUCACAGCAUAUAGACACAAGCGGACGUUUUAUAUCGCUUUUAUAAAAUAUUUUUGAAUGAUUUCGUGCGAGCAUGUCUCUGUCCUCUGAUAUAAACACGAUAGCCAGCCAAUCAGUGCGCGUGUUAUAUCUCAAAUAUUUUAUAAAUAGUGAAUAAUAUGGUACUCUUGCACUGCAAUAUGACCCACCUUGUUUAUCUGCAAACCAUCUAAUGAAUAGGAAUGACUAGAUAAAUACCAGAUACCCGAGGGAUCACUGUUUAUUUUUAUAAUAGCAUUAGUGUUGAACUACAAUAAAUAAUGUGAAUAAAUCAAUGAA